AUGCGAAAUCAGGUUACAGUGCGUGACGGUGGACAUGCGCACGUGCCGCGGCGUACCGUCACCAUGCUGGUCGUCGCCGGGCUGCUGCUACUGCUGGUCACCGUCGAUCGUACCGCAACCGCAUUCAACCUGGAAACAAUCAACUACAUUCUGCAGGAGGGCGAACCGAACUCGAUGUUUGGCUUCAGCGUGGUGCUCCACCGGGAACAGAACAAGAGCUGGGUAAUUGUGGGCGCACCGACCGCCAACACAACGCAGAACAACGUGAUUGAGGGCGGUGCUGUGUAUCGCUGCGACAUUUACGACGAUCACCGGUGCUUUCUGGUGCCAUUCGACACGCAAGGAAACAACUUCAACGACCAAAACGAACAGAUUGACACGAAAUCGAACCAGUGGUUCGGUGCGACGGUAGCCAGUGCCGGGAUUGAUGGUCCGCUGGUGGCUUGCGCUCCACGCUAUGUGUUUCAUCAGCUGCAGCCAAGAAAGGUGGAGCGUGUCGAACCCGUCGGCACCUGCUACUUGGCGAAGAAGAAUAUGCAAGAAUUCCACGACUUAUCGCCUUGCCGAACAGCCUACUGGGGCUACCAUCGACAAGGAUCCUGUCAGGCAGGGUUCAGUGCCGCCCUAACGAAGGACGGUUCGCGUGUGUUUAUCGGUGCACCGGGCAGCUACUACUGGCAGGGACAAAUGUAUUCCAUUAACACCGACGUUGUGUUUCCCUAUAAACCCCCGCGGUAUGGUCAUUUUGGCGAAGGAGGCCAGAUCUAUUCGUUCAGUUUGAACGAUCCGAAGGAUAAGGUGUAUAAGACGCUCGAGGACACGAAGAAGGAGGAUGACAGCUACCUUGGCUACUCAUCCACCACCGGUGACUUUAAUGGCGAUGGUACGCAGGGUGUAGCGGUGGGCAAACCGCGCGGCGCUCAGCUACUGGGCAAGGUGCUGAUCUACUCCUGGAACAUGACGAACCAGCAGAACAUUACAGGUGAGCAGAUCGGGGCCUAUUUUGGCUACUCGCUGGCCGCUGUCGAUGUGGACGGCGAUCGGCUCGACGAUCUGAUUAUCGGUGCGCCCAUGUACACCGAACCGAACAACGAGGGCAAAUACGAAACGGGCCGUGUGUACAUCAUGUACCAAGGGUCCGUACCUUCCGGACGGUUCCGCGAGCUAGACACGCGGGACGGUGUUAACAGUAAGGCACGGUUCGGUUUGGCCCUCUGCUCGCUGGGCGAUCUGAAUCUGGAUGGGUAUGGUGACUUCGCGGUCGGCGCACCGUACGAUGGACCGAACGGGCGUGGUGCGGUGUACAUCUUCUACGGCUCGCGUACCGGUCCACUAGCUAAGGCGUCGCAGGUGAUCCAGGCGGAAGAUCUAGCGGUGGGAACGCGCCUAUCCACGUUCGGGUUCGCCGUAUCCGGUGGCAUCGAUCUGGACGGCAAUCAGUAUCCGGACAUGGUGGUCGGUGCGUACGAGUCGGACAAGACGUUCGUGUUCAAGGCACGGCCAGUCGCUGCGAUGGAGGCGAGUACGCUGUUCGGGACGGAACGUAAGCUGAUCGCACUGGACGAGCGCAACUGUACGGUGGUGCAGACGGGGAAGCUUGUCGCCUGUACCGUACUGCACUCCUGUCUCAAGUACAAGGGCAUCAACGUACCGUCGAUGCUGGACAUCGAGAUCUCGUGGACGCUGGACGCACGGAAACCUCGCAAUCCGCGCAUGUUUUUCCUCGACCAGGACAGCAACAGCAACCGUACCCAGUCGAUGCGGUUGACUCGCGACAAGCUAGAAUGCCGCAGCGAUACGGUGUACGUGGCGGACAACAUACGCGACAAGAUCACACCGCUCGAGGUGGAGAUGGCGUACCGAUUGCGCCAGAACACGCAGAACCGUCAGCGGCGCCCGCGCGCCAACGUUGAGCCAGUGCUCGACCACAACCGUGGUACGGUGCAGCGGGACACGAUCAACAUCCAGAAGAACUGUGGACCGGAUAAUGUGUGCGUGCCGGAUCUGCGCAUGGAGGUGAAGUCGGUCGACGACUAUCUGCUCGGUUCGAACAAUCUGCUCUCGGUGGAGGUGUUGAUCACUAACCGGGGCGAGGAUGCGUUCGAGGCAGGGUUCUACAUGGCCGUACCGAACGGGCUCGAUUUCCGGCGCGUGGACCGGCUGGGCGAGGUAAAGGAUGUGCCAGUGCUCUGCACCGCACCAUCCGCCGCGACAAAGAAAACGCUCAAGUGUGACAUCGGCAAUCCACUGUCGAGCGGCAAGGUGGUACACUUCAACGUUAUACUGGCGCCAUCGUUCUCCGCCGGUAUGGGCUCGAGCUACGACUUUUACCUGGAGACAAACUCGACAAACGCUGAGGUGGAGGGCAGCGAGCACGAUAAUGUGGUGCGCAAGAGCAUCGGCAUCCUGGUGCAGACGGACCUGUCGAUGUCGGGCGUAUCGCUGCCGGAGGAGUUCCUGUACAAUUACAGCGAGUAUCGGACGCUCGAGGAGGCGCGUACGGAGCGGGACAUUGGACCGCAGGUGGUACACAUCUACGAGAUCCGCAAUGAGGGUCCGUCGACGAUUGACGAGGCGGAAUUUUUCGUACUGUGGCCGUUCGAAACGCUGGACGGUGUGCCGCUAAUGUAUCUGCUGAAUCAGCCCGAAACGCACGGUAACAUUGAGUGUUUGCCGACGGAGUAUGCGAACCCGCUGAAUCUUGCCAUCGACAGUGCGCUCGCUAGGAAGAGUUUUCUCGAUAAGGUUGGCGUGUCCGGUACGAGCUUCUCCUCCACCAUGGGUCGUACGACCAAGUUUAGUAGCGUAUCUUCUACCGCGAUUGGUAGUGAAGGUGCGGUUGGUGGUAGUGGUGGUGGUGGUGGUGCUGGUGGUGGUGCUGGUGGUACGUCUUCGAUUUCCUACCUAGCUACUACUGGAUCAAGCUCAGGUCGUAGUGGCGGUAGUAGUAGCAGCAGCAGCAGCAGCACUGGUGGCAUCAGCAGCAGCAGUAGUAGCAGCAGCGGUGGCAGUAUUACUGGUAGCAGCAGUUAUAGUAGCAGCAGUAGCAGCAGCACUGGAAGUAGCAGUGGUGGAGCGAAUGAGUCAAGAUAUUCAUCCUCGGUUAGAGGAUCAUCGGCUACUGGUACGGAAGGAUCAAACUAUCAUCGCGUCUCGGGUGGUGGUAGUGGUGGCUCCGAACGGCGUUAUCAAACGGAGGGUAGUGAGGUGAUUGCUACUGGUCGGGUGCACGACCAACAUGGACAGUCGCAGGGCGAUGCCUACUCCAGGCAAGGUUACGAACAGCAAGGCUCACAGCAAGCCGAAGGCUAUCGACGUCAACACCAGCAGCAGUAUGAUGGAAGAACGCGCGUAACGGAUGCAAGUUAUGGAGGUGUCGGUGGAGCCGCUUCCGGCUUUGAUGCUGCAUCGAGUAGCAGCAGUAGUAGUAGCAGUAGUAGCGGUCGAAAUGGUACCUCGUCAUCGGUGGUAUACUACACGUCCAAGAAUCGCACCACCUACCGUGAUGAGGAUGGCCGAGUUCAUGUGUCCUCCGAGAGUAGUGAGUAUCAUCGCCACAAUUCCGGUCUAGCAGGCGGUGGUCAGGGUAGUCUAGCGUUUGAAGCUGGUUCGUCAUCAGACGCUACCUCAGGUUCGUCCACACGGCGCCGUAUGAUGAGCCAACAGGACGGUGAUGCAGCACCAUCCCGCACCGGUCUCAUUACCGAAUUCAUGCAUCUGGGCGAUUACACUGGCCCUGGCGUUGGAUCGACGGCCAGUCACGAUCUGAACCGGUUCGAGAACAAGUUCCGCACGGAGUACUCGCAGCAACAGCUUGGUGGAGGAUCCUCAUCGUACCAGGCCGGAUCAACGUCAUCCGCCUCUUCUUCGUCCGGCAGACAAACUCACUACACGAGCCGCGAGCACCAGCAUCAGCAGGUAGAAUCGGCCACGUAUGCUAGCAAUGCCUACAACGGAAUUGCGGACGAUCUUGACCACGAGCACGAGGAAGACGAUUACGACUCGUACGAUCGCAGUGAGGAAGACAGCUACGUUGAUCCGGUUCAUUCCGGUGCGCCUGGUAAUCGGCGCACGUACCCGCCCGGUUACGGGUUGCCUCACCUGAAGCAACAUCUUAACCAAGGGCACGAGAAUGUCGAGCAAAAGUUCCGCUACUAUCAACGGUUUGAUCGGCAGCGCCGCCAGGCACCGGUCAAGGAUGAAUCGGACCGGGCACUGGAGGAAGCACUCCGCUGUCACGCAACACGGUGCGCUAUCAUACACUGCAAGGCGGGACCGAUCGGUAAUAAGGAUGUGGCGUUCAUAGCGCUCCGUACGCGUGCCGUUGCCCAUACGUUCCACAAGCUGUCGGGGACGGAGUCGCUCUACUUUUCCACGAUGAAUGUCGCCCGGGUACUGAAGCUGCCGUACAUUGGGGAACCGAAGGACAAACCGAUCAAGACGCACGAGAUCAAGGUAUUGGCAUCGCCGGAACGGCUUGUCAAACCGGACGUGGUACCGCUCUGGAUUGUGGUACUGGCUGCCUGUGCCGGUGCGCUCAUACUUCUGCUGCUCAUAUAUCUACUUUCGAAGUGUGGCUUCUUCGAGCGCAAGCGUCCGACGGACUCGUCCGAACGGCAGCCAUUAAACCGAAACGGUAACUAUCAUGGCGACGAACAUCUGUGAGCUCUCUGCCCACAUUUUCUUC